AGUGGAUGAUGACGUGAUGAUAAUUGACGAUCCACAGGCGUCGGUGAAGAGUCUGGUGGCGGAUGUCGAGGCUAUGAAUGUGGGUGAUGUCGAUGCACCUUCGGAAUUAAAGAGAGGGAAAAAGAGAAAGCAAAUGGCAUAUGUACUUGUUCCUUCUGCUCCUUCAUGGGUGACGCAAGCUAUCAAGAAAAGAAAAAAACAACAUGCUUCGAGACAAAUGCUUAGUGAUCAAGCUUUGAACGACGAAGAUUCUUAUGCUCCUCUUGAAAAAUAUGUGAUGGAUCAAGCGUUGUCUAAAAUAUCAGAGAACCCUUGCCGGUGGCAAAACUGUAAUGCUAUACUGAACAGUGGUGAAAAAUUGGGUGUACAUCUUUUAUUACAUACAAAAGACAUAGAUAAAAAGAGUCCUUUUCUCUGCCGUUGGCAAGAUUGCGGGAUGAAGUUUUCUUCGUUAUUGAAACUUCGAACACACGUUGAGAAACAUCCCAAGUCUUCUUUACCUUGUUCGAUAUUAGGCUGUCUUCAGCACUUUACGACGCCCAUUGAUGUUAUGCAACACGAAGUCUUGCAUCAAGCCCCAGGUUCAGACGUAGCGAUUCCUGUAAAAUCAACUACGCAGCCCUACACUCCAAGAUUGCCUUCAUCGCUUGGACCGAUUCCCGAAAUUCUCCCAUCUUAUAGAGUAGAACCACGACAUGUGCGACAAGCUAUUAUUUCAGCCCAGCGCCAUGCCGUACUCGGGCCAUGGGUACUGCGAAACAUAUUUGGCCCAGUGGAAUUAGGCAUGAAAAAACCAAAUGCCGCAGUUCCUCUCCGUUACUACUCUCGACCUUCUGGUGUUCCAGAAGACGUACCGCAGCCAAUGCAAGACGAUUAUGAUUUCCUGAUUCCGUUGUCUUCUGGGGUACCGAAAUCACUGGUACUAGACGAUCUGCCGUCGGCGCCGAUAUCGCAAAUGAUUCAGGCUGGCCUUGUUUUUUUCGACACAGCAAAAAUCACAAAUAAGACAGGACCAGUGCCAGACGCGGCAGGAGGAGCUGUGACACACUAUACCGCAUCUUCCAAUGCAUCAGAUGCAGCUUUACAUCACGAUGGACAGCCAGGAUCUUUGGUGGUGGACAGACAAGAAUUCUCAUCUAUAUCUGUUGGACCUGUUGAUGAGGUUGCUGAAGCUGAUUGGCCGAAACACAAGAAUUCUGGCGAGGAAGAAGCUGUGGAAAAGAUGCUGCUGUGAAUCACGGCGUGCACUGUUACCCACGCACACGGGUCAUCAUAUAUGCAUCAUACAUGUAGCAUUGUCGUGGAAAGGUUGUUUUUGUACUUUUCUUCACAAGUGGGGGUCACGUUCUCGUAUUCUCGCAGAACUACAUAGAUCAAAUGGAGUGGGAGGCCAUUCUAGCUCACCUAGAUACAGAGAAAUUAGAUGACGGUGAUGAUCGCAAUGCUGUACUUAAAAAAGGAAUAUUUUGAUGCCAACUGAGGAAGCAAUAAAAUUGGCGAGUUUGAAUCAG